UCCUGUUUUGAAUCCACGCACACCAUGCCGCUGACAAUUAACUUGCACUGCAUGUUGGGACUUGUAGUCUUCUUUAUUGCGGGCUGUAAUCCUUCAGUUUAGAGAGAUAUGAAAUGUUCGACUACUGGGAAAGCAUCAAAGGCACCCAAUCGGUCUCCUCGGGACUAUAAAGAGCAAGUUGCGGGGAGUUUAGUAACGGGAGAGAAAAGCGGCAGGGAGAGGUGACUUCAGAAGAUGGCCCAAUGAUGACGUCUCGGGAUUGGACUCGCCAGUUCAUUAGGUGGCUAAAGAAAUGCCUACAUGGAAGUGCCUAAUCUUCUCCCUUUUCCUGCUUUUUCCUCUCCUGGGAUAGGGGAAUUUUGAAGCUGUCGUCUUUAGAGACCCAGUCUCGGUGCUCCAUAGAGUCACAACUCCUCGGAGAGUGUUAAGCCGCUUGGUAGAUAGCUUUGGUUCUGGCCUUUUCAGCGCAGGAAGGCGGAGCCUCGCUUUUAGUUGAGGGGCGGAAUUCGGAGUGUGGGGAGCUGCCAUGCGGAAUCGGGGAGGAAGCCACCCGGUGGGAGAUCCGAGGCUGAAGCAGCGGGUUAAGCAGUACUUGAGCAGUAAUAAAUGUGGUCAGUAUGUUGAUAUUGGAAUUUUAGCAGCUGAUCUGCAGAAAACAUACAGUGCAGAUUAUGGAAGAAGAAAAAGAAAUGCCUUUAGAAUACAGGUGGAGAAAGUUUUUGGGAUAAUAAGUAAAGAGCUGAAGUCUGAGGAUUUAGAGACUGCAGAACAUGAACAUUUGGCAAAGAAAGCAAGACAUAGAGAAAGCAAAGAUGAUUCAGAAAGCUGCAUGGAUACCUCAGACACUGAUACUGAGCACCCGUCCUCCAAUUACAUGAACACUUCUUUAUUGACCUUGUACCGGAAAGAAAAUCCAGAUUCCCUUCCUGAAACUACUAUGACUAUGCUAACAAAAUCCAGCACUCCUCCUCAAGUAACAUCUGACACCAGAAUUUCAGAAGGUGGAUGGUUUAUCGAUAAAACCCCAGCCAGAAAAGAGGAUAACUUUUUUAUUGAUUUAUGUGCCGAAGAAGAGAGUGACAGUAGUAAACAGAUAGCUGAGAAUUCAAAAGACCUUUCCUUUGUGAAGACUGAAAGGAAGAAGCCCAAGAAUAAAAGAUUUAAAAGGAGGAAAGAAGAAUCUCAGGAUGUAGAUGAAGAAAUAGAAUCCACUUUGUGGAAUCGGAAAGGUAAACCAAAAGGAAUAGAGCUACGAACCUCUUCUGUAAAGUUUGAGGAUGUAGGAGGCAAUGACGAGGCUUUGAAGGAAAUAUGCAAGAUGCUGAUACAUAUACGUCAUCCUGAGGUAUACCACCAUUUAGGAGCUGUUCCACCUCGAGGAUUUCUCUUGCAUGGUCCACCAGGAUGUGGAAAGACCUUACUAGCACAUGCUAUUGCUGGGGAACUUGAACUACCAAUACUCAAAGUAGCAGCAACUGAGAUGGUGUCAGGAGUGUCUGGUGAAUCAGAACAGAAGUUAAGAGAGCUUUUUGAUCAAGCUGUGGCCAGUACUCCAUGUAUACUCUUCAUAGAUGAGAUAGAUGCCAUCACACCCAAGAGAGAAGUUGCAUCCAAGGACAUGGAACGAAGGAUUGUAGCCCAGCUUCUGAUGUGUAUGGAUGACUUGAAUAAUCUGGCUUCCACAGCUCAGGUUCUAGUCAUUGGAGCAACCAACAGACCAGACUCACUGGACCCAGCCCUGAGACGUGCAGGAAGAUUUGAUCGUGAAAUUUGCUUGGGCAUUCCAGAUGAAACAGCCAGAGAAAAAAUUUUGAAGACGUUGUGUCGGAAACUUCGACUCCCAGAAUUGUUUGACUUCUGUCACUUGGCUCGAAUGUCUCCGGGCUAUGUUGGUGCUGAUCUCAUGGCACUUUGCCGUGAAGCAGCUAUGUCUGCUGUGAAUAGGGUCCUUGUGAAAUUGGAAGAGGGAAAAUCUGAAGCCCUGAGUAGUGAAGAAAAAGCACCUGGACAAGCAGCAGAGCAGAAACUAGAAGGGCUUGUAAAGAAAGAGACUGAAGUUCCAGAGCUUUCUACUAAAGAUGAAUUGAAAAGACUGCUUUGGUUGCUAAAGAAUCCAGACUCCCUGGGGGAGGCUCAGCUGCAGAAACUCUGCAUUGAGAUGAAUGAUUUCAUUGUUGCGCUGUCUUCUGUGCAGCCCUCUGCCAAGAGAGAAGGCUUUGUCACAGUCCCUGAUGUGACCUGGGCAGAUAUCGGAGCUCUGGAAGACAUUCGGGAGGAGCUCACCAUGGCAAUACUGGCACCUGUGCGGAAUCCUGAGCUAUUCAAAGCCUUGGGCCUGACAGCACCAGCUGGUGUGCUACUUGCUGGGCCUCCUGGUUGUGGCAAAACACUACUUGCAAAGGCUGUGGCAAAUGAGUCUGGACUGAAUUUCAUUUCUGUGAAAGGUCCUGAACUGCUGAAUAUGUAUGUGGGGGAAAGUGAGCGUGCUGUACGUCAGGUUUUCCAGCGUGCAAGGAAUUCUGCUCCUUGUGUUAUAUUCUUUGAUGAAGUUGAUGCCUUGUGUCCUCGGAGAUCAGACCAUGAGGCAGGUGCCAGUGUCCGUGUGGUAAAUCAACUGUUAACAGAGAUGGAUGGCCUGGAAUCCCGUCGUCAGGUUUUCAUUAUGGCAGCCACCAACAGGCCAGAUAUUAUAGACCCAGCUAUUUUACGCCCAGGAAGGUUGGAUAAAACACUCUAUGUAGGUUUGCCACCACCUCUAGAUCGUCUUGCCAUUUUAAAGACUAUCACUAAAGAUGGAACAUGUCCCCCAUUUGAUGUUGAUGUGGACCUUGAAGAAAUAGCUCUUGAUCCUCGUUGUAACUAUUACACGGGAGCAGACCUUUCAGCUCUAGUGAGGGAAGCAUCUGUUGGUGCCCUCAGGCAGGAAAUGAGUCUGAACACCAUGAGGAAAACAGAUGAAAUCAAGAUUAACAAAAAACACUUUGAAGAAGCUUUUAAGAAAGUGAAAUCUUCAGUUUCAAGAAAGGACCAAAUAAUGUAUGAAGAGCUGCGUCACUCACUAAGUAGGUGACAGCUAGAUGACUUCAAAUGCUGACCUUUUGCUUGCCACAAAGAGUUCUCCUGGCAAAAUUUCCUUGAAGCUUGUUUCUGAAGAACUUGGACCCAGUUCCAUUUGAACCUACCCUUUUACACUCGUUCGAAAACACAAUCUGAUGAUGGCAGUUUUACCAUUUGACUUUUGAUAUAAUGAGAUAUUUAAGAAAUCCUAUCAGUUCUCUGAUUAUGAAAGAGCAGAAAGAAGCUAUUUCAAGUAUAUAUCUUCAUUGUUGUGAGGAGAGCAGCAACCUUGCCAUUCCCUUACAGAAAAAUGGGCAGGAAGACCUGGCUGCUGAAUACAGCUGGAUCCAUGUAACAGAACUCUAGCAGAAGCUGUGUUGAAGCUGAAAGAGAGACUUGUAUUAUGGAUUUGGUUUGGCCUGUGGUAAUCAUUGGGACAUAGAAAUGCUUAACUUUGGUUGGAUCGCUCAUAAUUAGCACCAUACUUAAUUAUUUGUGGAUACAACCUAUUAUUGUGCUGUAAUUCAUAACUGGAUUUUCCAGGAAUUCAGUGAUUGUUCUCAUUGUUCUAUUGUAUCCAUUGAUGUAUUGCAGGCUUUCUGUGGAUGGACUUCACCUGUAUACUAAUCUUUAGUCAGCAAUUGUUAUGUGCCUCAUUACUCAUCAGUUUCUGUUCUGUGGCAGUAACUCAUGAUAGUUUGUUGAAAUACUUUAGUUUUUACACAUUUCAUCAUGUAAUUUAUAAUAUAGUGGCAUCCAUAAUUGCUAUCAUUCUUAAAGACAUAGUUCUCAUAGACAUAGAUGUAGCAAACAUGCACCUAUUUAACUCACAUGAUUCAGUAUUCCUUCUUGAAAAAUCCCCUGCAUGUAGACAACAAAUUCUGCGAUUAAAAGGGAUAUAGCCAAGUGGUCCUUCUCCCGGAUGUGCUAGUUUUCUGUGUUACAGGGAUUGGGGACUGUUAGAGGAAAUCAUUCCAUAAUGUGAACCCCCUCCUAAAGUAUGAAAUGGAACUGCAAGACUCAUUCACUAUUUGGAAACUAGGCCACAGUGAGACUGGAAAUAGCAGUAUAUUUUGAAUGAGCAACAACUUAUUCUCUUUGUGGGGAAACAUUUGAAGAAUUCUGUGUUUUUUACCUUACAAGAUUAUGGAGGGGCAUAAAGUUGUUCAGAAUUACCAGUAUUUCUGUCCAAAGUAGGGUUAUUUGGCACAGAAUCAUUCUGACAUUCUCUAACAAGGAUUAUUUUAGUAUGAUAGUUAUAGAAGUAGAUCUUCAGUUGAGCUCUCAAAGACUCUGUCAUUCAAGUCUGCCUGUGCUGAUAGCACUGCAGUUACAUUGCAGUGAAAACUGUCAUAUACACCAGUAUGCCCAACUUUGUUGCUGUGUGUGAAGAUCUGUAGCUGUGGUUCAUUAAUUACAUAAAAUUUAUGUUCAGCAGCAAUAUACUGUACCUUUGACUUCAGAUGCUGAGGACAAAUGGGGAAGGCAGUUGCCAGUAAUACUGUUGGAGUAUGUGUUUGAACACUGUUCCAUAUUCAUGCUUUACAUCUGUGCCUGACAAUAGCAUGAAAACAAAUCUAAGCCUGAGGUUUUGUUUGUCAGAACCAAGUAAUCAGACUUGAUCCAGUAUGAGUUUUAGAGCAUGGUUUGUCCAUGAAGACAUGGCAAGGAUUCUGGAAUUCUCUACCUGAAGCUGAAUAGAGAAACAUAUAUGUGUUUGUAACAUGCACUGAAGAACUCCUGAAGAGUUUUGUACAGUUUGCCUGUGUAUUAAAUCUGCUGUAGUUCACUGCAUAGAGACCACUUCAAAAUAAAAAUCAUUAAUGACUGCAAA